AUGGCUGCACAGCUUUGGGGUCAGGGUUUUCUCGGAGCGUGGCUCCACCGGUGCAACCUCACUCUGACCCGAGGCCUCCAAAGUCGCUCCAGGGUGGGCUCCAUUCAUCCGAAGCCCGGGGCGUGUGGCCGGAGCCCGGGGCUGCGCUGCGUCCGCCACUUCCGUGCCGCCCGCUGCACGGCCUGGAAGCAGCCCCUGGCCGUGGCCGAGGUCGCCCCGGGGCGCGUCGAGCCUCACCAGGUCCGAGUGGGUGUGCAUUUCUGUGGCGUGAACUUCGCAGAUUUACUGCUCUGCCGCGGUCAGUAUCAGGAAAGACCCUCGCUCCCCUUCACGCCCGGAAUGGAGUUUUCUGGCAUUGUGUUGGAGACAGGGGCAGAGGUCAACUCCGUGAAGGAGGGGGACCGUGUCAUGGGUGUGAGUGGCCUUAAUGGCAUGGCCGAAGAAUGCAUCACUGACCAACAGUUGCUGUGGAAGGUUCCUGAAACAGUUUCCCUCCAAGAAGCUGCUGUUCUCCCUGUGUCCUAUGGGACAGCAAUUUUGGCCCUUGAUCAUCGGGCCUGCACCCAGCCCGGAGAGACUGUCUUGGUAACCGCAGCGGCUGGGGCCACAGGUCUGGCUGUGAUUGAUGUGGCGACAAACGUUCUUAAGGCCAAGGUGAUCGCGGCUGCUGGAAGUGUGGAGAAGUGCCAGCUGGCAUUACAGAGAGGAGCCUGGGCCUGCAUAGACUACAGCCAGGAGAGUGUGAAGGAGGCCGUGAGGGCACUGGUGGGCAGCAGUGGCGUCCACGUGGCCAUUGACACUGUGGGAGGGGACGUCUGCCUGGAUGCCCUCCGCAGCCUGGCCUGGGAGGGGAGGCUGGUGGUGGUUGGCUUUGCUGGUGGCAUCAUUGCUUCCCUGCCGGCCAACCUGCUGCUCCUGAAGAAUGUGUGUGCCAUGGGACUGUACUGGGGCCGCUACCAGCGCCAGGCCUUCCCGGUCUUCUCCAAGGUUCUCUCCUCUGCGCUCCGGCUCUGCCAGCAGGGCUGCAUCUGUCCAUAUGUGGGUGCAGUGUUUCCACUGGAGGAGGUCAAUGCCGCCUUCCUUCAUGUAUCACAACGCAGAUCUACAGGCAAGGUGCUCCUGGCGCUCAAGUGAAGGCUUGCCUGCCCACACAGCCCAGCCACUCCAAAUCCAAGUCAACCAAUCCGGAACCAUCUGCACCCUGUCCCUCUGUGCACAUGGUCUUCCUGCCUCUAGAGAUGUUGCUUCUCGCCUUACUAAUCCAGGUUGAAAAUAAAUUUUUUGUUUUUGUUGAAA